CGAUACCCUUGCCCGGUGCUGUCGUGACGAUAAUUCUCUCCGCUCGCCCCUCUAAUUCAUUGUCUGGUUUCUUCUGUUUCCCGUUUUCUCCCCCCCAACAACCGACACAAUGGCCUCCGCCGCCGCUCCUCCUUCCACGGGUUCUCCCAAGGUCAAUGCCGCCAUCGAGAAGGCGGCUGCUGCCGUCCCUACUCCCACCCGCACCGGCGUUGACCUCUACGCCCGCUUCGCGCUUGCCGGUGCUCUCGGCUGCUCCAUCACCCACGGUGCCCUGACUCCCGUCGAUGUCGUCAAGACUCGCAUCCAGCUCGAUCCCGCCAAGUACAACCGUGGCAUGAUCGGCGGCUUCAAGCAGGUCAUCCAGAGUGAAGGUGCCGGUGCUCUGCUUACCGGCUUCGGUCCCACCUUCGCCGGCUACUUCGUCCAGGGCGCCCUGAAAUUCGGCGGUUACGAGUUCUUCAAGCAGCAGAACAUCAACCUCCUCGGCCUCGAGACCGCGUCCCAGUACCGCACUGCCGUCUACCUCGGCUCUUCCGCCCUCGCCGAGUUCUUCGCCGAUAUUGCCCUCUGCCCCCUUGAGGCCACCCGUAUCCGUCUCGUCUCUGAUCCCACGUACGCCAACGGCCUCAUUGGCGGCUUCUCCAAGAUCCUGAAGAAUGAGGGUAUUGGCGCCUUCUACGCCGGUUUCGGCCCCAUCUGCUUCAAGCAGAUCCCCUACACCAUGGCCAAGUUCGUCGUCUACGAAAAGGCCGCCGAGGCCAUCUACCGCGUCUACCCCAAGAACACCCUCUCCGACGGCGCCAACACCGUCGUCAACCUGUCCGCCGGUCUCCUUGCCGGUCUCGCUGCCGCUGUCAUCUCCCAGCCCGCCGACACCAUGCUCUCCAAGAUCAACAAGACCAAGGGCCUCCCCGGCGAGAGCACCACCAGCCGCCUCAUCAAGAUCGGCAAGGAGCUCGGCCUCCGCGGCUCUUUCACCGGCCUGCCUGCCCGUCUCUUCAUGGUUGGCAGUUUAACUGCGGGACAAUUCGCCAUUUACGGAAAAUUCAAGGCUUUGGCAGGAGCCAGUUCUGGCGUAGAGCUCGCGAAAUAAUGACCGUUUUCUCGAGAUGAAUGGCCGCGAUCUUCUCCGGGACGACGUCCGCAGUCAGCGAGAUGAAGAUGUGGAAUAUAGACGGUAGACGCACCAAAAAAAAAAAAAAAAAAA